GGUUCCAGGCUAAGCCUGGUAUGCGUGGUGGUGAAGUUCGCUGUGCGGGGAAUUGUUGCGGGGUGCCCCAUGCUGUUGUUGGAUGCGAUCUGCUGCCCUCGCUAGCGCGACGAUGUGUGCUUGCCCGGACCAUUUGAGAGCAGUGUCGGCAGCGAGUGCGGUGAACCAUGUUCAUUAAGAAACAGCACGUCGACGUCAGGAAGUCGGCGCAAAAGGUUCUCGAACCGAAGCGAGAUUCCCUCAGUCGACUGAAACACCUUCGGGUCUACCUAGACAAUGUCGAAACAGCCGAGGCAAAGACGUUCUUUGAGAUCAACUACAGUCACAUCUACUGCAUCUUUCACGAUGUCUUUACCUCGCUGGAGGGGAUGCUUAGACAGAGAGUGCACAAGACUCAAAAGGAGGAACUGGACAAUGUGAAAUACAUAUUUGAGCGAAUUCUGGUGCUGCUUCCUGAACUGCUGGCUCAGCGAUGGCAGUGGCACAGUAUACGCAUCAUCAUUCGAAAAUUCCUUCACCCGGGAAACUCCCUGAGGCUACGCAGGGAGGGCGUGCGUUUCUUCCUGCUGUGGUACCAGAUCCUGGGUGAGGGGGCCCCUUCAGACAUCCACGCCAUGUUUCUGCACCUAGUGCCGGGGCUGCUUCCGGGCUCGCCACCGCCAGUGCCUGCGGCCGGCUCGGGCAGGUUUCCAGAACCGUACCAGGACUCCACAUUCUACACGUCAGUGGAGGUCGACUCCGGCCCGAUUGUUCCCUGCGAUUCGGGACCCCUGAUGCCUCCACAGAGUGGUGAGGUGCAGCCGGAGAAUCCGACUGUCACGUUUCUGGAGUUCCUCAUGGAGUACAUGGUCACGCAGGCGACAAAAAUCCAGUGGUCGGAGGCCCAGGACGACAACCAUCACCGGUGCUUUGAGUUUCUCUUCGAGAAGUUCAAGAAGCACUUUCUGCCACACAUCUUUCCCGACUUCUGCUACUCAAACAGCAUCUACAAGCCAAACCUGGUGUCUGAAGGUUAUCACUGGGUGUGCACUUCUCUAGAGCUGCCCUCACUCCGCAAGGACAAGAAGCCUGCCGCCGCCGAUUCCAAUGCCGCCGCGGUGGCGGCGCUGUGCCGCAGUGUCGUGGUGCAGUGGGUGGUCAGCCACACACAACCGGCGAAGCUGCGCAAGGACGACGCUGCUGCGGCCAGCCGGUCAAGUGACCUGCACCAAGCCAGAAAACAAGACCACAAUGAGUCUGGUUUGGAGAGGAUAUCAGCACCAUCUGGGAGUUCUGGCGGCAUGUCGCAGAAUGUCCACGAGAGCCACUCGGUGUCCUCCGGGUCGUCCUCAGCACCAUCGUUGACAAUUGGCAGUCUCACAGAGCGAGACUCCGAAAACCAACUUCAGCAGACGCAGCAGUCACCACCGGAAAGUGGCCACCGAAGUCUGCGGCAGAUUCAAGUGGUCCGGAACGUGCUUUACUCAAAGCGUGAGAAUGUGAACCUGGUCCAUGAGGUCCUGCGGCAAGCUUUCCUGGCUCCCUUUUCACAGGCACACACCACUAAAAGCGUCAUCUGCACCUACAGGGACUGGAUACAGAUGGCGUCCCCGGACAUGCCUCCUUUUCUGGUCGACCCUGAAGGGAAGGACGGCAAGGAGGACAGUCGCAGUGAAGUAUCAGAGAUGAGCCAGAGUACAAGUGGAACAACUCCUGUGAAGAAGGAAAGCGUCUUUGCUGGAGUUCAGAACAUGUACCAAGUGUUCAUCACCAAUGCUGCAAACGUGUUUCUUCUCGAAGUUGGCCCUGACGAAAAGACGUUUCUUGAUGAACAGGUUGAACUGUGCAAGCGGGUCAUGAACAUAUACCGAUACAUGGUCAUGAAAAGGCACAUGGAGAAGGCAACAUGGGAGCAGCUGUUGGUGGUUCUUCUGCGCGUCACCUCGCUUGUGCUCAAGACGACUCCGCCGGCACGCAAGGAAGAUGUCUUGGGAGGCAGGCUGGCCCCUGCGCUCUUCCAGACCCUGAUUGUCACGUGGAUCAAAGCGAACCUCCAUGCCACCAUCUCUCUGGAUCUCUGGGAUGGUUUCCUGGGGGUACUGUCCUCACUAACACAGUGGGAGGAGCUGAUCCACGAAUGGGCGAAAACGAUGGAGACGCUCACCAGGAUUCUGGCACAGCACGUGUACCGGCUGAACCUCUCAGACCUGCCGCUGCAGAGGGAGCAACAGAACAAAAGGCGGCGAGGACUCAAGCACAACGCGGGAAACGCGCAGGGAGCCACCGCGCGGACGAGAAACGACGUGGGCAAAGGGGACGACCCGACGACGGGCGGCGGCUCCGCAAACGAAGCGACGUCGGCGAUGAGCAGCACAAACGGCUCCGUAGCGGGAGGCAUGCCGAUGCCGUUGCUGCGCGCCUCGCCGAGCCUGGCAGAAUCGCGAGACGGGAACCGCGAAACGGGAGUGCCACUGUCACCUCGACUGCGCACUGCGAGCAUGGGCAGGCAGCUCAGCAGAAUAGAAGACGAUGACAGGAAUUCAGAUCGAGCUCGAUGCAACAGCGGUGAUAGUUCCUUACCAAGCCACCACGGUGACAGGGCUUCGGAGAAGCCACCACCCGUCGUGCGGUGUUACUCUGACGGCCACCUUCUCCUGCACAAAGUUGAACGACUGCGACGCAUGAGGAGGGCACACGCUGCUCCUGCUCAGGACAGGUUUGACAUUACGUCAGUGUCUUCCGACACAAACAUUCAGUCGGAUGGCCGGCUGUGCCCGCUCGGCAGGAGCAAGUCUGCGGAUUACUUGUCCCUAAGAGUGGAAUCGCCCUGCAUGUCCCACACAUCUGAGUACCGAAGUCGGUCACCGUCGCCCACGCCAUCUAGUGGCUUGGAGAGCACUAGCAUCAAGGAUUCGCCCAUCCAAAUUGAGGUCAUCGUGACGAGCAGCGAGAACACCUGCAACGCAGCCGACGUAGGUCCGGGCACAGACCGACGCAGUGUCCUAGCCGGCGGCAGCGUGAAGGGCUGGCUUCCCGAGGUGGCUGUUGUCUUGUGGCGGCGGAUGCUGGGAGCCUUGGGCAAUGUGAACGCGAUCCGCGACCCGCUCAUCCACGCCCAGGUCAUGGAGCACCUCAUCGACCUGUCUGAGACGCUCAUUAAGAUGCGUGACAAUCUUGGAAUCACGGAAGACAAUAUGACGACUCCUCCCCCUCCAACGCUCAUUCCUCCGCUUCUGCUGAUCGCACCGUGGCUCUUUGAGGCGACAGGUCUUCCCGAGGGCUUUGAGAAGGGAAAGCUGCUGGCGUUGCGGCUUCUGUGUUGGCUGACAGUGAGGCGCCACGACAUUCCCCUCUCCUUCGACUACCUCGCUCGCUUCUACCGGGUGCUGCACGCCGGCUUGCUGGGGGAAGACCAGAAAGUUAUCAAUGCCAUUGUCAAGUACUGCGGGACCAAGUUUUUCGCAAGCAGACUCCCCGGCCACACUGUGCUCCUGCUCAACUUCAUUCAUGGUGCCAGCACCAUCGUCACUUCCAACGCUGUCAAAGGGAUGCCACGUGUUGAGGCAGUGACUCUACUGGGCAGCCUCGUGUGCUUCCCGAAUGUCUACACUGAGCUGCAGGUGCUGCAGUGCUCAACGUCUGAGCCUCCACAGCCGGCAGCAGCUGCAACCAUCAAGGAACUUAUUGUAGACUUGCUGCUGAAAGCAGGGAAGACAGACCCAGAUGGAGUGGCAAGGUGUACAGCAUUAAGUGCCCUGGGAAUAUUUGCUUACGAAGAACUGUCCCAUCGGACUGGCCAUCCCAAGGCUCGGGAGGCCAUCGGAGUCCUUCUGCUGUCCAUAAGGCAUCACAACCACACGAUUGCGCAAGUUGCGGGCGACAUGCUGCGAUUGCUGUGUGACCACGCUGCCCACCUCACGGGACAGAUGGACCAGGUUCCUGCUAUUGUCGUCGAAGUGGUAGCAUCUACGAUCCACAACCUUCUCCCCAGUGACGAUUCGGAUGUCAAGGAGGAAAACAAAAAGCUGGUGCUGUCGCUCCUCUUCUGCUUGGCCGAUUGGUGCAUGAACAUUCCGCUGCGUGCCUUGACAACACCUCAGGCCGACGGCUGCUCUCCACUGCUCUCCACGCUAAACGUGUUGGACCACAUCCUGACAGGCAAGAGCCCGCUGUUGCGGCCAGAUGUCCUGUCCCUGCUGCAAGCACUCUGCCCAAGCAUUGUCCUCGCAGACAUUGAAGCACAGCCGGGUGAAGGCCCAGCCAAGGCCACUCACACCAGCUCCUUGGGACACCUGCCCAGUGGUGGCAAGAUUGCCCGUUCCAUCGCAAGUUUCGUGCCGCCGGCUGUGCUUCAGAGUGAUUUCCGGAAGAGUGGCAACGUGAAGCUAGCAGCCAGAAUGGUUUUGAGUCACCUACUGCAUCAACUCGGCCACUUCCCAAUGGGCCUGGGUGCGGCACAACUCACCAGCCUAGUAGCAGAGCAAGACGACGUGCCCGCCCUCCGCGACAGCGAGCUGUCCAAGGAGGUCUUCUCCGCGCCAAACAUCCAGCUCUUUGUUCUCAACAACAUGUCCAUACUGUCACUCGUCGAGAUUCCUGCCGAGGAAACUUCGGGAGGCGCCGCAAGCGUGGGUCUCACCACUGGCAAGUCCCAGGUGCGAGCCAUCGUGCGUGACCUGAGUGGCAAAUUUUCCUGGGACUGUCUGACACUGUACGGACCACACGGUUGUCGUGCAGGCUCCUAUCCACCUGGCCCCGUUCCCGACCCGUGCCUUCACUACACCACUCACCGUGGCCGAAACCAAGACCUUCAGGAGCAACAACGCUGCCAGGCCGAUGCUGCCGCCCGCGAUUCGGGGCGGCGGAGUCCCCUUCAUCGGCCGCCCGACCAGCUGCCCCUGCUGGAAAACACGCAGGACAACUACGACAACCUGGAUGACCUGCUGCAGUACAUUGGGCACACGAGCCCCGAGUGCGUGCAGUUGCCCUGCCAGCGGCUCAACUCGGCACCCAAGGCGACCGACGAGUUGGCGGGCAUCCGCGAGGCCGAGACCGUCCACCUGCUGCUCAACCAGCAUGCCCAGGAAGUCCAGCACACCGCACAGGCCGCCUACAGUCCAGAGAUGCUGGCAAAGGCUGCCACCCCUCCCAAUCCAACCGAGCCACUGUCGCCGUUCCAGUACUCACGGCUGCUUCUGGAAAACUUCAACUUCUUCGCAUGGGAAAAGAGGCCAAAAUUUGACCUUGUGAAGAAGAACGAGAAGCUGCUGCGAGAGCUGCGGAACCUCGACAACCAAAUGUGCCGAGAGACUCACAAAAUAGCUGUGAUCUAUGUGGCAGAAGGCCAGGAGGACAAGAACUCUAUAUUCAUGAACAAUACCGGGAGCCGUGCCUUUGAAGAGUUUGUCGCAGGUCUGGGCUGGGAGGUUGACCUGGAGGUGCACACAGGUUACAAUGGUGGUCUCGAGACCAACAAGAGCACUGGUAGCACAGCACCAUAUUAUGCCACCUCGUUCAUGGAAGUACUGUUCCAUGUUUCCACGCGAAUUCCUGCCAUUGAGAAGGACUCCAUCACAAAAAAGCUGCGUCACCUGGGCAACGACGAAGUGCACAUUGUGUGGUCGGAACACAUGCGAGACUACCGACGUGGCAUCAUCCCGACGGAGUUCUGCGACGUGCUCAUUGUUAUCUACCCGCUUGGAAACUGGCUCUACCGUGUCCAGAUAAACCCCAAGCCGGAGGUGCCAUUCUUCGGGCCCUUGUUUGACGGUGCCAUUGUGGACCACCUGGUUCUGCCGAGGCUGGUUCGGGCGACGGCCAUCAAUGCCGGAAGGGCCGUCAAUUCGCUCAAACCCAUGUUUCGUACAUAUUACGAGCAGCGAGCGCAGGCAUUAGAGACCGUUGUGCAGAACUACAAGGAGCUCACAACGUUUGAAGAUUUCGCCUCCAAGGUUAUGGCCCCAGCACCUGCCAAAAGCCCCCUCGUGCUCCGUCGAUCGGCUGGCCCGUCCGGAUCAGAGGGAGGCUCGCCUCAGCUGGGGUCAACGUUGGCCGCUGCACUGCUGGACAGCGACAGCGGCUCACCGUCAAUGCAGCACCACCACCCUCGCCCACGGCCGGCCACUGUGUCCAGUUCGGCCGGCGACCAGGGUUCGUUCUCUUUUAGAGAGCACCACGCCAUUCCAGCUUCACAGAGCCACAGUUCAUCACCUGUGCCCAACUGAUGCGGGUCCCAGACGUAGUUUUUUCCCGCUUUGUUUUUCCCGCCGGCUUUCCGGUGAUUUCGGCUUCUUUCGACCAGCUCUUUUCUGUUACUGUUGUUAUUAUUAUUAUUAUUAUUGCCUAUUAUAUGUUUUAUAUACAUAUAUAUAUAUA